AUGCUGGAAUAUAUAAAGGGAAAAUCAACCCACCACGGACACAGUCGCAUAAUCAAACUCCCCAGCCCCCUCGGAUUCCGGGAACAUGCCAGCUCUCAGCAUGGACCCUUCCCAAGCCGACUUGUUCAAGGUGACUGUCCAUUGCGCAGCGUUUAA